AUGCGGCGCCGACACCGAAGCUAUUACGCCAAUCGCGGCACUAUUAACGCUCAGAACGUGAGCCAGGACCCACAUUCUGUGUCUACAACUGUCUCUAGUACAAUUGACGUGUCAUCUAAUGCAUCUCCAGCCUCUAGAAGCUCCGUUUUGACUGCAGGAGGCUCGACAAUUCAUGGAAAUGUCAAUGUACGCUUGGAUGUGAACGCUAGCGCCCUUAGUGUCGAUGUUACAGGCUCAAUAGCUGUACUAGCAGGACGUAAAGGUCUACAUCUUGUUGAUCUGGAGACGCCGUUCCUGCCUGUGGCUACAUUGCACCACCAAACGAAGCUUGAAGUGACGGUAGUUAAGUGUAAUCCCCACGCUCUUUUUAAGAGCAACGUGGCUUCUUCUAGCAACCGGAACACGCUCAUAUGGGACAUUACAGACAUAGGAGUGGGAUCUGGAGCUUCCGGCUUCAUUGGGACAGGUCAGGGCUCUUCGAGUGCUUAUAAACACGGUCAAGGAGGAGCUAGUAGUGUCACAAGUGGAUCACAGACGACCUCACAGCCUCUUGUAGCUACAUUGAGAGCUCAUACUCGACCAGUGAGUGACGUCGCAUGGUCACCUAGUGAACCUUCAUUACUGGCGACGUGUUCAGCUGAUGCAAAGACGCUGUUGUGGGACAUGAGGUCGGCACAGAGACCGGUACAGACAUUAAAUGCCUUUAACACAAGUAUCAUUCAAGUGGAAUGGAAUCGGGUGGAUGCAACGUCAUUAGCUACAGCUCAUGACGGCGAAGUACGAAUUUGGGACUUACGAGCUGCUGCAGAAAGAACGGUCUCCCCCGUGGCUCUCAUUACAGCACAUAUGCAGAAGAUCUAUGGUCUUGAUUGGCAUCCCCAGCGAAUGUAUGAAUUGGUGACGUGCUCGGAAGAUAAGACAGUUAAGUUUUGGGAUGUGACACGUCCAAGAGUGUGCCAGGGGACACUGAAUACAGGUGCACCAGUGUGGCGAGCGCAAUACACUCCAUUUGGUGAUGGGCUAGUGACUAACUCGCAGCGGAUGGAUAACACGAUUCGACUGUGGACUCUUUCGCAUGGUGGUGGAGACAACCGACGCAAUGUAGAUGGUGGAGACCUGGAUGUUAGUGGUGCUAAUGUGGCAGCUUCUGUCACAGCAGAGUUGGUGCAUUCGUUCGUAGGCCAUAGUGAUCUGGUGAGGGGCAUGGCGUGGCGUGUUCGUCCUCAGACGAGUGCGUAUCAGCUAAUAUCAUGGUCAAAAGACCAAGAGUUACGCAUGUGGCAUGUGGAUGUGCCACAACUUGAGGCUUGCGGCUACGACACUGCGUCGUACCUUGCAGAUGGUGCUCCUUCCGAGGGUAUUAAUGCUAGUGCUCGCCAGCAGUCUGAUGCCCGCCGUGUUAUCCAUGCUGAGUUCACUGAGAUGCAGGCCCAGCACUCCAAGUACAGCUUGUCCGCUCUAAAGACCGAUUUUGUACCGCUCGUGGUGCCCAAGUCAGCAGUACCACUAAACACGGAUGAAUACACGCUGGAGGGCAAUAAUAGCUCGCUACAAGCUCUCCUUGCACUUGAGGAAGAGCUUAUUGAAGGAGGCGAGACUCAAUCACAACCAGAUAGUGGAGAAGAUGAAGGGACAGUGUCAGGAAUUGGAGAAAAUAAUGAUGGUUGUCUAGACAACUUUGCAAGUGCAAAGGAAAGUUUUGCAAGCUCUAGCGGUGCAAGAGCGCUGCCGUGCCCUCGUAUUUCAGGCGCCGCUUUUAGUGGGCCUAAUAUGCUGCUGAUGUUCGAUUCACGGGUGGCAAUCGGCCAAUCGCGCAGCUCAGUAGUUCCGACUGCUGUUGCUGCGGGCAAAGAGAACAAGCUGCAAGUGGCUCCAAAUAAGCUACCACGCACCUACGAAGAAUUGCUCGAUUUAAGAGACUCCCGUUUUGCAACGAAGAAGAACAAGAAACCACCGGUAAAACUUCUAUCGUCGGCAAAUAUCAUGGGCUCUAUCGAUGUUGGUCCAAAUGAUUGGGCAGGACAGCAGCAGCAGCAGCCACAAGAGCUAAUUGACAACGGUGGUGUGGCGGGUGUAUUCGAAGACAUGGAUAGUCACGCGCGCUCUGCUCAUGGGUACCGUCAUUCGACCAUGUACUACUCGUCAGGCAGUGGGGGUCUCGGCGGAAAAGAUGACAUUUUGGGUGGGGCUCAUGAAAUGGAACCCUCCAUUCAUGAAGGACCCGACUAUUUGAAUUCGUAUUUCGAGGGCGCCGAGUAUCAUUUACCGAUAAACAAUUUGGAGCAUCUUCUCACGAUACCUUCAAGCGCUGUAACUGGUCUUCAGCUCUCUCCUCGGGCAUCAGUCCGUUCAAGUACUGCAGAGCGGUUGAAACGACCUGUGGAGCAAGCUGCACCGGCUCUCAACCUUGAUCUUAGCAUCAGCGUCACGAUUCUUGACCUGUCCAAGCUUUGUGGUGUGUCUUCCAUUCUAACGUACCAGACGGAUCUCGCCCCGCGUGGUGUGACCCAGCCGGCAGCAUCAUCGACCGCUAGUAUUGCGGCAAGUCAGAAGAAGAGUCAGCUUGGAUCUGUCAACCGCUCCAUGAUAUCCUGGAUGCUGCGAGCAGCGGAAGAUAGAUCUGGCAGGCGUGGGGUUGCACCAAAUAAUAAUCUGAGCCGUGUACUACAGGGUCUAUUGACCGAAAGUGGUGCUGCUGCCAAGGAGCUAAAGGAAGACGAUCAUACUGCGUUCGACGUAUCCUGCACUGCGUUAGCUGCAACGUGUGCACAAAAUUCACACACUGCAAUGCUGGCAGGCAGACGUGACUUGCAGCAAAUAUGGUCUUUGUUGGGGAUCUCAGCGGCACCUGAAGUAAAACUGCCUAUCUACACGAAAAAGAACAAGUCGUCGGCAUCACUUUGUCUGCAAGCCUCGCAUCCUUGGAGUGCUCAUCCACUUGGAAAACGACUCGUGCACAAAGUUCUUGACAUGUACGAACAGGCGGGAGAUGUCCAAGCCCUGGCAUCAAUUGUGUGCGUGUUGAAGCCAAGCGAGCGCAAGGUACAGAACGAAACCCGUGAACCGGUCACACCUUCGACGAUUGUAAUGGAAGAUCAACUCCCAGUCGUGCGUGAGGACAGGCGUUCAAGCAUGGAUGAGGUGAAUGGUGGGCUAGAGUCUAGUGUCCCUGGGCAUGCUGCAAAUUUAGCGGGUGGAAUGCGUUCAAGACGCUCGUCGUCGAAUGCUCUUUCGCAAUUGGCAGUGGGUUUGACCAAUUCAAAUGAUGCUCCUCCUAUUAUGAGAGGCGCUCGCCGAUCUAGUAGCCACAACGAUACUCGAUCACACGGGCUGUCUGACGACAAAGAGGCAGCGCUUCGCGCAUCGAAAGACUGGCUGCUGGUAAGCAGCAAUAAUAGUAGCGCCGCAUCGAGUCGACACUCGAGCCCUGUCCAAGAACGCACGCAGGGUAGCUCUUCUGGACUGAGCAACAUUAACCGUGACGCGUUAUACAAGGCAUCAGCACCGGCACUGAACAAUGGUUGGAAGAUGGACUUUGACCGGCUGGAAAAUCCCUUCAAGACAUGGAGCGGAAACUCCAACAAGGACGCUCCCCCGCCUCGACUAACUGCAGAUACAUUCCAACCUCCGGUUCGAGCUAUGAAUGGAAACUCGCCAGCGCUUUCAUUAAAAGUGACUGCAUCUCCACGACCUGAUUCCGUGACCCCUUCUCCUCUCCAUCCACCACUCGAUGCAAUCAGCAGAGACGAAGAGGUGGACGCGAAUGGCCGUGUAUUGCUACAAUUAAGUUUUCGCUCGGUGGAUGACGAAAAGUGUCUGCUAUCAUCACAUGUUGAAGACGAAGCACGUUAUGAUAUAUACAAGGAAUCAUAUGCAGCUUUACUCUAUCGUUACGGUGCAAUGAAUCUACGGAACGAAGUACUCAAGACAAAAUCGCAUUGUACCCAAGACUUACGAGGUAUUUCAAUGGGUGUAAUUUGUCACUCCUGCAAUGCGAAAACAAUUGAUGCAGUCUGUACACAUUGUCGAGCAUUUGCACUGCGUUGCUCCGUCUGUCAGCUCGUGGUUCGUGGUCAAUCAAUGUUUUGUAUGACUUGUGGACAUGGUGGACAUGCUACACACGUUCGUGAAUGGUUUGAGAGUGAAACAAUGUGUCCGACGGGCUGUAGCUGUUGGUGUAAACAAGCUACUGCAACAAUGCCUGCCUAUCACUUGGAACAACACGAGACUGAUGACACUGUCGCGUUGUCACGGUCCCACUCGUUCUAA